AUGGCGUUCUCCAUAAAGCAAACCCACUAAAGUUUCCAUACCUUACCUCACCAUUGAACUUAACCCCUUCUUUCUCACUAAGUUUAGCAUCAUCCCCUCCUCCUUCGCCACCAAGAAAAACAUAUCACUUCCAUUUCCACCCCCUACAUAAUAUAAUGAACACCUCUCCAUUUUCCAAUUUCCAUUGGAAGACAAGCUCUCAAACAUAUUCAUAAAUUUCGCUUCGCUAAGGCACUACCGGAGUCGAACCAGAGACGGGAAAACAGUAAAGAAAGCGGGGAAAAUGAGUGCGGAUUGGGGACCGGUGAUCGUUUCGGUAGUUUUGUUCAUACUCUUGUCACCAGGGUUGCUGUUUCAGCUGCCAUCCAGGACAAGGGUGAUAGAGUUCGGUAAUAUGUGCACAAGUGGUAUUUCCAUCCUGGUUCACGCAGUAAUUUACUUCUGCAUAAUCACUAUCUUGAUCGUUGCCAUCGGUGUUCACAUACAUAUCAACUGAUCCAAACUCUCAAGCAAAAAAAACGGUACUUA